UGAUAUCGCGUUGAGUAGGGGUGUGUGCGUGCUCGGCGAUAGCAGAAGUACACGAAUUUUAAAACUUGAGAAUUAAAAUGAGUCAGUCCCCUGUGAUACCUAGAAAAGAUUCUUUUGGACAUCUCACAGAUGGAAGGGAGGUUAACAGGUAUACUUUUUGUAACCAUAAUGACGUCACUGUGCGGGUGAUUGAGCUGGGCUGUGUCAUCACAGAGAUCCGGGUUCCUGACAAGCAAGGCGUGGUAUCUGAUAUCAAUCUGGGAUACGAUGAUGUAAAAGAAUACGAGACGAAUCUGUUGACUUUAGGGGCAAUAUGUGGCAGGGUUGUCAAUGUUAUUUCCAAUGCCAGAUUUACUUUGGACGGCAAGGAAUAUCACGUGACUAAAAACUUUGGAAACCAUUGCAUUCAUGGAGGGAAGAAAUCAUUUACACAUCAACUCUGGAGUUCGUGGAUAGAAGAUGAUAAAGUGAAAAUGAAAUACGUAAGCCCUGACGGAGAGGAGGGGUUUCCUGGAGAGUUAACAACCACUGUGUCAUAUCAACUGACCAAUCAGAACGAAUUAGUGAUCGAAUACAGCGCCACCACAAACAAACCAACACCUGUCAAUCUUACAAACCACGCCUACUUUAACUUAGCAGGACAAAAUUUCCCGAACCUAGAUGAACACGUGUUACAGAUAAAUGCAGACAAAUUCACACCUACCAAGGAAAAUGAGAUUUACAUACCUUCAGGUGAAAUCCGUGACAUCACAGGAACACUGUAUGAUCUCCGUCAGCCGGUCAGACUGGGAGACAGGCUCGGUAAGAUGCCCCACGGGAAAGGAUAUUUCAACAACUUCUGUGUGGCCAAUGCUGAUGGAAGUCUGAGACUUAUAGCCACGUUAGCUCACCCUCCCACGGGCCGCCGUAUGGAUGUGUACACUACUGAGCCCGGGGUGCAGUGUUACACUGCAGGGGACACGAUCCCUCACACCCGGGGGAAGGCGGGGGCGGUGUACGAGAAACUCGGCUCCAUCUGUCUGGAGACGCAACACUACCCAGACAGUGUCAACCAGGAAAGUUUUCCUGAUACAAUUCUCCGUCCAGGUCAGCAGUUCUAUAGCAAGACGGUUUACAAGUUUGGACUGAUAGAUUGAUAGAUUGAAGUAGCCGGAAACACAGCAAAACGGAAAUGGCGGAUCCCUUUUAUGUAAUCAUGUUUUCUGAGAGAAACUGGAAUAUUACGGACAAAAAAUGAAGGUUUCCUGUAAUUAUCAAAAGGUGAAGAAUUUAAAGGUGGCAUCCAAGGAACUAUUAAUUAAAUAUAUAGGGUAAAUCUGAGAUAAAACAUUGUGGAUGGUGUAUAUUUUAUCUGGAAAACAUCGUGGUCCACCAUUUCUAGAGUUACAUGUAAAGCUGUACAGGUGACUGAUUGUCUGAGCAGUGGAUGAUUCCUUUUAACUA